AUGUCCAUUACGAUUCCAACAGAGACAGAUAUAGACGGCUCGACAUUUUAUCAGAUAAAUAUCAAGUUGCCCUUGCGCUCGUACUCGAUAAAGAAAAGAUAUUCCGAUUUCGAUAACCUUGUGUCAACCUUGUGCCACCAAAUAGGUAUCAAUCAUAAAGACUUCCCCUAUGCUUUACCGCCCAAAAAAUUGACUUGGUUGGUUAAGAGAAGUGUUAUUGAAGAAAGAAAAAAAGGAUUGGCUCGGUUUUUAAACAGCCUUAUACUGGACAGCUCGUUGAGAAAUGAACCGGAAGUGCUCAGUUUCUUGCAAUUGCCCAAGAAUUUCAAAUUCCAGCAAAAGCCCGAGAUUAGAGAUGAAAACUGGCACGAGAUGUAUAGAAAAGUCAAAAACGAGUUGAAUCAGGAGCUGAAAGUAUUGGACGCAGAGGUGAAUGUCAACACCGUGAGAUUACGAGAACGAGUACGAAAUGACUAUGAGCCGCAAAUUGAUGACUUGCAGAAAUCGGCUGAAGCAGGCCAGGACAACGAUGAAAAAGUCAAGAAACUACAACUAGUUGUCCAGCUUCAAAACACGCUAUAUCAGCUACAAAGCCGACCAAGGCCUUCGCCGUGGCAAGACUCCAAGGGUGGUAACAGACGUGUUUUCGGGGGAGGAGGAGGUGGUGAUGGGGGUAAACCCAAACAAGUGAAGGAGACAGAAGAUACUCUACCUUUAACCAAUCAGGAACUACUCCAACAUCAAUUACAAAUCCACAAAAACCAAGACCAAGAACUAG